UUUGUCAAAACGUUUAAUGCGGUAACUUUAGCUGUGAGUCGCCAAAAAUAAAUCAAUAAGUAGCUGCAGUACCUAUACAAAUAUCGGUAUGUGAAAUUCCGUGUGAAUACAUGCAUUAUUAACAACAUAGUAAUACAAUAUAAACUGACCAAUUAGAAAUUUUGUUGAGUGUAUAUAGUAAAAGCACUUAUUUUUCGCUGGGCCAAUGUUUAGCGAAUAUGAAAUAUUCGGUAUGUUCGCGAGGUUUUAUAUUCGCGAGAUGGAACAAAAAGGUAUUCUGCUUGUUUUGGUUGUCUUCCGCAAAACGCACACAACAUAAAAAUCGCCAUGUGUAACGAAUUAUGGCUAGAUAUAUCUUUGGUUUGGUCUGGAGGAUGCUCCCCGUAUAUCUUUGGUCUCGACUGGAGGGCGCUCCCAUUUUGUUGUUGUUCUGUACUGAAUAUAAUUGUAUGUAGUAAUACACACUUUCAUCCUCUUUGUACUGUAAUGCUCGUCGUUUGUGGUUAGUCUGAAGUGGAGGCUACCUGUCGCAUGUCGUUGAUCUGUGCUAGAAAGUGUUCACCGUAUGUUGCUGGUGUGUUUUCGAGGUAUCUCGCCAAAUGUCGGUGGACGUUCUCCGUUUGUCAUUUCUGUACUGGAAAAUACCUGUUGUUAGUCGAAGCUGGAGGAUGCUUGCCCUUUGUCGUUGGGCUGUACUGAAAUAUGCUCGCCGUAUAUGGUUGGUGUGUGCUGGAGGGUGAUCGUCACUUAUCGUUGUUUGGUACUUGUCAGUCCUCGCCUUAUCUUGUUGAUCUAUAUGGAGGGUGCUCGUCGUAUGUUGUUUGUCUUUACUUGAGGGUGCCCGCCAUAUACAGUUUUCUGUGCUUGAGGGUACUUGCCGUUGGUGUGUCCUGGAGGUUGACUGGGUAAUUGUCAGUUAUCGUUGGUGGGAACUUGAAAGUCCUCGCCAUAUUUUGUUGACCUAUGAUGAAGGUUCCUAAUCGUAUGUUGUUUGUCUUUACUUGAGGAUACCCGCCAUAUGCAGUUUUUCUGUGCUUGAGGGUACAUGCCGUUGGUGUGUGCUGGAUAGUAUUCGUCGUAUAUCGUUUGUCUAUAUAUACAUUGUAUUGACGUAUGUAAAACAUGGGCCGUUCCAUGAGAAAAUCUGUGUAAGUGACAUUAUAUACACUAACAAUUGUUUAAAUGCACCUUGAGAAGACAGAGGUUUAUAGAUAAAAGGCCCGUGACUACGUUAAGUUAUUUUUCAGUAACUUUUGAACAUAAAAUGAAUCGGAUUUUUACUUGUUCGUUGGGAUUGAAUUUCGUUGAUUUACUCAACUAUGAAAUCCACAAAAAUAGGCUCCCACGAAUAUUAAUGAUUUUACAGUAUAUAAAUAUUUUGUUAGGUCAGCUUUGAUUUUUAUUGCUUAUGCUUGUUAGUCAUGGAAUGCCAUAUAUAAAAUUUACACAAAAGAAUGUGUAGUACAGGGGAUAAAGAAACUCCAAUCUGAUAAAUAUUAACAUGUUUUCCUGAAUAUACAAUUUUUAUUAAACAAAAUCAUUUUAUUGAAAUGAUUUCCGUUUGUUUCUGUUUUGGUCUUUCGAAUACCACUAACGUGGAAUAGUUCUAUCUUAAAUCAAUGAUUUUUUUUUAGUAAUACACAUGUCAGUUUUGAUGACUUUCCAAAAUGUGAUUGUUGAAAUGACUCAUUUUGUCCUUCUAUAUGUACAUGUUAACAUAAUAUUAUUAUUCAGAUGCCAUGACUGAAUAAGAUAUGAGCCGCACCAUGAGAAAACCAACAUUGUGCGUUUGCGACCAGCAUGGAUUAAGACCAGCCUGGCCAUCCGUGCAGUCUAGUUUGGAUCUAUGCUGUUUGCUUUCAAUUAGAGAAAAUAGCGAACAGCAUGGAUCCUGACUGCGCAGGCUGCUCCGGAUCUAUGCUGGUCGCAAACACUUUGUUGGUUUUCUCAUGGCGCAGUUCACAUACGCAUGUAAGCGAAAAUUGUUGAAUUAACUUCAUUAACUUUCUACUUUUUUGAAGAGAGUUAAGAGAGAUCACUGAUGAUGACUAAAUGUUAAAUCAAUAGUCAGAGGCAGGUAUAUAUAGAAUAGAAAGACAUUUUAGUUUUGUUGACAAGAGUGCGUAUGAAGCCUCUCGUGUCCAUACUACAUGUAUUCCCUCGCAGCAGGUUAUAUAAUUGUUUGUCGAAGUUGACAGAAGAAGAAUAAUUAUCAUUUAUGGUUGCCCUAGAGAGAUUAUUCAUUACGUAAAAACAUAAUUAUAUAGACGAUAAAGUAAGUCCAAAAUUUCUCAGUAAAGUAAAAACUAAUAAAAAUGCUCAAAGGCGUUAUAUAUAUUACGAAGGCAUCCAUUUAAGGCGCCUUAUCAAUCUCUAUUAGUGCGUCACAGAGCAAUCUAACCCGAGGACAGAGUUUAUCUUAAAAAUGAUUAAAAAAUAUUUGCCUGUAUUUUGUUACUUAUUAAAAAGCAAAUUUUCUAACUUUUGUAUUAAAAGUUAAUCUGUUAAAAAUGUCCCAUCAAAUGUUACAUAUUCUAUUUCGUAAUCUGAGAAUUGGGCAAUUCAACAAAAACAUUUGUAGCUUAUGCGAAAAUGACUUCUGAGUCAUCCCUGCCAUUCACACUUACAGUUAGUAGACGUUUAAGUCCAGCUCGCUUAGCUCAGUAGGUAGAGCGUUGGUCUACGGAUCACGGGGUCGUGAGUUCGAUCCUCGGGCUGGGCGUAUGUUCUCCGUGACUAUUAGAUAAACGACAUUGUGCCUGAAAUCAAUAGUCCUCCACCUCUAAUUCAUGUGGCCAGUUGGCAGUUACUUGUGGAGAACAGGUUUGUACUGGUACAGAAUCCAUGAACACUGGUUAGGUUAACUGCCCGCCGUUACAUGACCGAAAUACUGUUGAAAAACUGGGUUUAACCCAAAACAAACAAACAAAAAACAAAAAGUAGACGUUUAAAAGCUCAUUCGGGGCCUCCGUGGCCGAGUGGUUAAGAUCGCUCACUUCAAAUCUCUUGCCCCUCAUCGAUGUGGGUUCGAGCCUCACUCGGGGCGUUGAAUUCAUGUGAGGAGGCCAUCCAGCUGGCUUACGGAAGGUCGGUGGUUCUACCCAGGUGCCCGCUCGUGAUGAAAUAAUGCACGGAGAGGCACCUGGGGUCUUCCUCCACAUUAAAGCUGGAAAGUCGCCAUAUGACCUAUCAUGUGUCGGUGCGGCGUUAAAUCCAAAACAAAAGCUCAUUCAGAGCCAUGUUUUAUUAUUGUAUGUCUACAUCUCAGUCUUGUUAUAUUUUCUUGUCCUUCGGGAUCAUUGAUUUCAACUAUUUAGAUUUGAAGGACCGGUGCUAGGGGGCGUGGGCAGUGUUGCAUUUUCCAUUACUGCUUAUGAAUAGACUCAAUCAAACCUAGUCUGCAAUUUUAACUGUUUGCCUUGAGGGAUCUACUUUUCAGAUUAUAUUUCCGACUUAAAAUAUAAAAAUAAAACAUAUCUGCUUUGACCUUAUCUUAUCGUAUCUUACCAUAUAUUUUUGUUACUGAAACUACUUGAAAAUUAAUCACUGCUAAAUAAAAUAAAGUUCCUUGCGGACAAUAAAGGCGCUUUUCUUCAUUACUCAUACCUUUUUAGUCAAAUACAAUCCCUUUGAAGACAGAUCUUUUGUAUAAUACAGGCAUUCCUGUAAAUGUUAAAUGCACCGGAGUUUAAGAAAAUGGUAUUUUAAUGAUACUGAAGAAUAUAAAAUGUGACAGGAAAAGAGGGAUUAUCGGCAGUUUGUUUCCAUGACAUAAACGAGGACGCUCAUCUGGGAUCAGCUUUGAUUAACCGUUCAUCUAGGAUCAGGAUUUGAUUUACCACUCAUCUGGUAUCAGCCUUGUUCACCGCUCAUCUGGGAUCAGUUGUGGUUUGCCGCUCAUCUGGGAUCAGUUGUGAUUUGCCGCUCAUCUGGGAUCAGUUGUGAUUUGCCGCUCAUUUUGAAUCAGCUUUGUUUACCGAUCAUCAGGAAUCAGCUUUGAUUUCCCGAUCAUCUGGUAUCAAGUUUGAAUUCUCGUUCAUCUGGAAUCAGCUAUGACUUGACGCUCAUCUGGUAUCAAGUUUGAAUUCUCGUUCAUCUGGAAUCAGCUAUGACUUGACGCUCAUCUGGUAUCAAGUUUGAAUUCUCGUUCAUCUGGGAUCAGCUGUGAUUAACCACUCAUCUAGGAUCAGCAUUUUUACCGCUCAUCUGGGAUAGCUUUCAUUUCCCGAUCAUUUGUAGCAACUUUGAUUUCCUGCUCAUCUGGAAUAAGCUUUGAUCUGACGCUCAUCUGGGAUCAGUUUUGAUUAACCGUUAAUUUGGAAUCAGCUUUGAUUUACCGCUCAUCUGCUAUCAACUUUGUUUACCGCUCCUCUGGGAUCAAAUUGAUUUCCCGAUCAUCUGGGAUCAACUUUGAUAUCACCGAUAAUCUGGGGUCAGCUUUGAUUUGACACUCAUCAGGGAUCAGCUUAGUUGCCACAUUUCUGGAAUCAGCUUUGAUUUGUCGCUUUUCUGGAAUCAACUUUUGAUUUGUCACACAUCUUGGAUCAUCUUUGCACUCAUCUGCGAUCAGCAUUGUGUUGCCGCUCAUCUGGGAACAGCUUUGAUUUGCCGCUCAUAUGGGAUUUGACACUCAUCUGGGAACAGCUUUGAUUUGUCGCUCAUAUGGGAUUUGGCACUCAUCUGGGAACAGGUUUGAAUUACUACUUAUCUGGAAUCAGCUUUGGUUUACUGUUCAUCUUUAUCACUUCACUAGAUACCUACUGUCUAAAACGUUAACCAGAAUGAAUAUGCUUUGGGCAAAACUUCUUCUCCUAGUCGGCGUGUUUCAAGAACUAUCUGGAAGUAUAACCAAUCUGAAAAGUCAAGGAGACAAUUCAAAUCAUUGCGUACUAGGAGAAACACAGAAAGGAAUGUCUCUUAAUUGCUCAGACCAAGCUCUGUCUUAUAUACCAAGGAACAAUGACUCUUUUCAAGUUUUGAUUUUCAGUUACAACCUUUUAGUUAAUGUCACUACUGAAACAUUUGAAAACAUCAGCAAACCAGAGAAUCUUACAAAUCUGGAACUGGACCAUAACAGAAUUAAGAACAUAUCAUCAAAUGCUUUAAAGAUUUUCAAAAAUCUUGAAAUUUUAUAUUUGUCGAACAACCCAGUUUAUUACUACGAUCUAAAACAUCUUUUAGGUGCUAUUUGCCAACUGAAAUUUCUGAAACAAUUAAGAAUAAGUGGCAUACCUACCGUAACAAUACAAAAAGACUUGUUUUCAUUAAUGAGUGUAAAUCAUAUAGAGCAGUUAGAUGUAAACUCAUAUAACAUGAAGUCACUUAAUAUGGAAAUAUUCAGUACUUUUGAUAAAUUGGAAGGCCUUCGUCUUCAAAACAAUCAAAUCAAAAUACUAGAACUAUCAAAGCUAAGACAUCUGCGGUCCUUAUAUCUACAAGGUAACAAGUUAGCAACAUUCCCAAACUUUUCUAUAAAUAGAAACGAGACAGAUUGUUAUUUCCCUAAGCUCAAUGCUCUCGACAUUCGCAUAAAUCUUAUAAGAGAGGUUGGUUUAGAAGAUCUUGUCUGUAUGCGAAAGAUAACUCGAUUAAUGCUUGGCGGGAAUCCUAUAGAAAUAUUGCACAAUAACAUGUUAUCAAAGUUACCAGUUAUAUUCUAUUUGAAUUUGAGAUAUAUUGAUGGAUAUACGUUUGAAAUAGAACCAUUUGCCUUGCGGUCGCGAUCACUUACUCAGCUGUAUAUAGGUCAUCACGGACAAUCGCGUUAUGUUUUCAAAUCAUUAAAUGACACAUUCAAAUUAAUACCAAAGCUAAAAAUGCUUGACAUAGCUGAUAUUAAUAUGGCGGAUCUGAAUGGCCAAAUGUUAUCUAAUCUCUUUCAUCCUUUAAAAACCCUUUUGCGUUUCGCAUGUGUAAGCUGUAAAAUUUCUCAAGAUCCGAAGUUUAUACUGAAAUCAAUGAAACGUUUAGAAAUACUUGUUUUAAAUACAAAUGGGGUAACAUCACUAACCGAUGAAACAUUUAAAGACAAUAAGCACCUUAGAUAUCUUCAUUUGAGAUACAACCAACUUGGACAUGUGCCAGAAUCGGCGUUUCCUACCGCUUUUUUAAAUGAAAUACAAUACUUGGAUUUCAGUGGAAACCCGUUUGUAUGUGACUGCGGUAUUGAAUGGUUCAUUAAUUGGUUGAAGAAAGUGCAUUCGAAAAUAACGAUACAGAACUACCCAGAUGGUUAUAAAUGUAAAGGUCCUACCGAUAAGGCUAACAUAUUACUGUCAAAUGUAGACUUUUCUUACAGAGAAUGUCAUCCGUGGAGUACCUGGAUCUGGGUGGCUGUAAUUGCAUCACCUUGUGUCGUUGUCAUAGCAUUAGUUACAUUGAUUAUGUACAGAAAUAGGUGGAAUAUAAAACACUACAUCUAUCUGCUACGGAAGAAAAGAAACUAUGAAGCUAUCGAGGGACGCAACUUCAUUUAUAACGCCUUUGUUGCUUACGAAGCCGUGGAUUCUAUGUGGAUACGUCGCAGGCUACUUCCCAUUGUUGAGGAAGAAAUGGGACUGAAAUUGUGUGUUCACGAACGCGACUUUCAAGCAGGUGUGUUCAUUAAUGGCAACAUUGUCGAACAUAUGGAUUCCAGUGAGAAAAUCAUUUUGGUUGUUACCAAUGCAUUUGCAAGAAGUGAAUGGUGUAUGUUUGAAUUAAAAAUUGCACACUCAAAACUUAUCAAAGAAUCAACGGAGGUUGUUGUAAUUCAGUUGGAGAAAAUAGAUGCCAAGAACAUGAAUCACUCUUUAAAAGUUCUAUUUAACACAACAACAUAUAUAGAAUGGACGGAAGACAUAGCUGGUCAGGAACUUUUCUGGACAAAACUUAAGGACGCUAUCAGAAAAUAGUUUUGUGUAUCAUAUGCGAUUGACAUUCUUAAAAAUCUUUAAACACUGCAUGAAAAUCUAGGUAAAAUGUUUUAAUGGUGAAAGAAGUCCGGUGUUUACCUUUCCGUUUGGUUUACAACUUGUAAUUACAUUAGACAGUGCCUUGACGUGAUCACCACAAAUGUAAGAAAUGUUUUGCUUGAACUGGUCUAAACCUUAUUUAUACAAAUAUUAAAGAAACCAAAGAAGGCCUUUGCAUUUUUUUCUGUAUCACAAAUAGAGCUGACGUGCGCAGGAAUUGAACCACAUGGGCACUAGCCCCUGAGUGGUUAGAUCUUCACGAAACAGAACUUUGAACCAUGGAUAAUAAUACAAUAAACCAUAAGAUCAUAAUUGUUUUUAUUCCCUUCUGACAUGCUCUUUAAAACAUGAUGAUUAAAAGUAUGCUUAACUUCAUUCAUCUGGGUCAGGCGGCUGUUUGACAUCAUAAUUGAAGUCGUAAUGUUCUCAUACAGGUCCCCGCGUCAACCGUUGUUUAUCGCAGAAUAUACAAUGCUUGACUUCCUUCUUUGUUUAACCGGCAAAGUUAAAAAAAAAACAAAGAAAAAUAUCAAACAGGGAGUGCGACGCACCAAAAGCGCAAGACAUGUUAGAAUGAACAACUAUCAUUAAUAAUUUACAGGUUGAUAUAAGAAUAAAUAAUAACCAGCAUUAUAUUUAUUUUAUUUAAUAUUUAUGAUGUUACCCUAAGAUCAGCAUAUGUUAAAAGAUGAAAGGCAUGAGGUUAUUUUCUAGAUGCCAUUACGUUCAUCUCUCCCGUUAGCAGGCACACUUCAUUCGAUGAUUCCAGAGUGAUUCAACGAAAUCUUGUAAAAUUGAAACAAAAAAUCUUGAAGUGAGAAAUAUCAUUUCAUGUCAACACUUGAAUGGCUUCGUUAACUCGUUUAAUUGAACUCUUUUGUUAAAUUGCAUGCUUUAAUGAAAUCAUUUAAAUAAUUGCACUAACAUUUAGUGAUACAAGAGGUAAAUUUUGACAAAAUUGACGUGACUUCUUCAAUUUUCUGAAGUUUAGAUUUUCUCUUAAUGGCGUAGGAGCUGGGACGGCAGGGGCGGCACCCACCGCCCCAAUAUUUCGAGAAGCGGAGAAAUGCCGACUCGUAAGUUUUUGAAAAGGCUAGAAAAUAUAAUUGGGAAUAAAUACAGAUGUCUUCCCUUGCUAAUUUCAAAUACCAGUAAUUAUCGAGGUAUUACACUCCUAAAUGUUAUGGCAAAAAAUAUUUCAUCUAGCACUUAGGAAUAGAAUCAACAAAUGGUGUGAAUCAGAGCAGUUAUUUAGUGAUUCACAUUUGGUUUUAGAGAUAAUAAUAGUACCGCUGACUGCGUAUUUCUAUUGCAUUCAAUUAUCCAAAAUGUUCUUCAUUGUAAAUCUAAACUAUACUGUGCUUUUAUUGAUUACAAAAUGGCCUUUGAUACAGUUAUUAGAAACGCUCUAUGGAUAAAACUUUUAAAGACUGGGGUCAGCGGUAAAAUGAUCAAGAUUCUUAAGUCUAUAUAUAGUAAUGUUAAAGCAUGUGUAAGAAUGUCUUCUGAGAUGAAUUUUUCUGAGUUCUUUGAUGUCACGCUUGGAUUAAAACAAGGGGAACCACUCUCACCGAUACUUCUUAUACUCUUUAUUAGCUAUAUAAGCACUACUUUGGAUUUUAAUAAGUUAACAGAGAAUGAUUUGAACCAGUUAUAUAUGUAUAUGUUGUUAUUUGCUGAUGAUAUUGCAUUGUUUACUACUGAUCCGAAUAGCCUACAAGCUCAGUUAUAUAUUAUCUAUACAUAUUCAGAAAAAUGGGGUCUCAAGAUUAACGUUCAAAAAACCAAAAUAUGUGUAUUUGAAAAAAGUUGUAGAUCAUUUUAAAUAUUUACGAGUUGAUUUUUUGUAUACUGGUGUAAUGAAAAAUGCUGUUAAAGUGCUCUCAGAAUAGGCCCUUAAGGCAUAUAAUAGCUUAUCAUCAUUAUUCACUCUUGUACACAUAGAUGUGAAAACUAAACUUUCUUUAUUUGAUACCAUGGUUGUUCCAAUUCUUACAUACUGUUCUGAGGUGUGGGGCAUAUAUGAUUUUAAAGAAAUUGACAAGUUGCACAUAAAGUUUUGUAAAACAAUACUUGGAGUUCGUCAACAGACCCCUAAUUUAGCAGUUUAUGGGGAACUGGGAAGGUUCCCGUUAUCAGUUAUUUGUAAAAAAGAGCAUUAAAAUAUUGGUUAAAAAUAAUGCAAAAUCCAAACUCCCCUAUGUAUAGAAUUUUUAUAGAACAGUGUAAUAACAGUAAUGAUAGCUGUUGGGCAAAAUCUAUCAAGCGUUUAUUAGACAGUCUUGGUUAUAGUGAUAUUUGGAAUAAUUUUGAUUAUAAUGUAAAUUAUUUGCCAAUGUUUAAAUAACGCAUUUGCGACCAAUUUAUCCAAAACUGGCGUGUUUCUGUCCAAUCAAUGUCCAAGUUAGAAUAUUAUAGUAAAUUCAAAACAGAGUUUUGUUUUGAAAAAUAUAUUGAUGUUGUAACAAAUAAUGGAUUAAGAAAAGAAUUGAGUUGUUUCAGAUUAAGCUCUCACAAGUUGGAAAUCGAAUUAGGUAGUUACUAGGUACCGUUAGAAAUGAAACAAUAUGUAAAAUGUGUAAUUUAAAUUGUAUUGAAUCAGAAUACCAUUUUCUGCUCUGUUGUCCUCUUUAUGUUGAUAUACGUAGAAAGUAUUUUGGAAAUAUAUCUUGGCCAACGUUACAAAAAUUUGUAAAUAUACUUUCUUCUACAUAUAAAAAAUCUAUGUAUAACACUGCAAAAUAUUUAAAGGACGCGUUUAAGCGUGGACAUGAAACCCUUAAGCGCAUAGCUGCUUCUUAAGUUUGUUGUAUAAAUGUAUUGACUAAUAAGAACUAUGUCUAUCACGAUAGUCUCUACUCCAUGUUUUAUUGAAUAUGUAUAUAAAUAUGCCUGUAUUAUGUAUGUGUUUCUAUGUCUUGGCCAUAUUCAAUUUGUGUUUAUGUUAAUUGGCUAAAGGUAUUGAUUUGCUGAUUUGCCAAAUAAAACUGUAAACUGUAAA